AAAAUAUAGUUUUAGUUGAUGUCUGCAUUUAUUUAUCGAUGAAGAGGGAUUUUAGCAAGGGUUGGUAGAAGUGCGGUGGUGACGUGGUCCGGUAAUUUUUCUCGCGGGUUGGAAAAGGACUUCCAAACCCAAGUGUUUUGCACAACAUCGAUAGUAUGAUUAUCCCCUUCUCCACUUCUCAGUUCCCGUUUUUUGGAGUUUGAACUAAUCUCUGGCUGUCCUCUGGAAAACAAACCGCAAUAAUUUUUAAGCCCCCACCACCCCAGUUUCCUCAUCGACCAAAGCAACAGAAUCGGUCACGCAUCGUUGUUACUUGUGUGUAGCACAGCUGAUAUAUUAAUCAUAUACAACACUCUUGACUUUCUAUCUACUCCCUCGUACCCGUUCAUCACCGAGGGGGGAAAAGAGAGAUGCUUCUGAGUCUACUGCAUAGCUCGCAGCCAUGGAUAUUGCCUCCCCAAGUUCCGGGGCUCAAUCGGGUUCCUUUUUCCCGGAGGGUACCUGGGAGCAAAUCCUGCCUACACCAUGGGAAUGGGAUUUGAGGGAAAGAGGAGGGUCGAAUCCCGUCUUGUAUCCCAUAGGUCUAAGCGGCCUCCCAGUAACAAUGUAGAAAAAAUCUUAUACAAAAUGUCAUCCGUAAGAUUGCUCCGUGCUGAUAUCCUCCGCCUGCAUUUUGUUACAUGGUAUCAAUGUCGGGCAAUUUCUGGUGGAUCAAAUAUUCGGAUGUACAUGCAUGCAGUUCCAUAAUACACAAUGGAGGGAACCCGGGGGCUAGUUCUCAGAGUACAGGGGAUAGGUCAGAUUCCAAUAUGUACAUUAAUGUUUCAGAUGAUUUGAAUGACAAAUUCGUUAGGAUAGACUGGGAUAAUUUUUAUCAGGGUUAUCAAACUAAGAUCAUGAUGGGCUCAAUGUCAUUGUUUUUGCUACUCAGUCUGACACAUUUAAAAUUGGCUAAUCCAUUGGUAGAGGUGGUCCAACAAAUACUUCCCUGUAUAGUUCAUACUUUUGGGGUAGCAAGCUUGCCUUUUGCUUGUGUAUCUAAUUCCUUAAAUAAGCCCAGACCUCUUCGAUUGGAUGUGUCCUUGCCUUCAUUUCAAGAUAUUAGAUGGAGCUUUGCGCGGUUAUUGUACUUGCUCAACAUCCAACUCGAGAAAAAUGUUGGCACGUUCUUCAUUGUGGUCCUUGUAGCGUGCUUCUCCUUCGUUGUCAUUGGUGGUUUCCUUUUCUUCAAGUUAAGGAAGAGCACCCAGUCUCUGGAGGACUGCUGCUGGGAGGCUUGGGCAUGUCUCUGUUCAUCAUCUACUCAUUUAAAACAAAAAACACGUGUUGAACGAGUAAUUGGCUUGGUUCUUGCUAUUUGGGGCAUAUUAUUUUACUCUCGCCUGUUGAGCACAAUGACGGAACAGCUCAGAAACAAUAUGCAGAAGCUCAGGGAAGGGGCUCAACUACACGUUAUGGAGACUGAUCAUAUUGUUAUAUGUGGAGUGAGCAGUCAUCUGAAUUUCAUACUGAAGCAACUAGAUAGGUAUCAUGAAUUUGCUGUCCGCUUAGGUACUGCUACAUCUAGGAGGCAGAGAAUUCUCCUUAUGUCUGAUCUUCCAAGGAAGCAGAUGGACAAACUAAUUGACAGUAUUGCUAAGGAUCUUUGUCAUAUUGAUGUCCUUACAAAGAGUUGUAGUCUUAGCUUAACGAAAUCCUUUGAGAGAGCUGCAGCCAAUAAAGCACGGGCAAUAAUUAUACUGCCAACAAAAGGAGAUCGGUUUGAUGUUGAUACCGAUGCAUUUCUCUCUGUACUGGCACUUCAACCAAUUCCGAAGAUGGAGUCUGUCCCUACCAUUGUUGAGGUGUCAAGUCCCAGUACAUGUGAGCUCUUAAGAUCAAUAUCAGGAUUGAAAGUAGAGCCAGUAGAAAAUGUGGCAUCCAAAUUAUUUGUUCAAUGCUCUCGGCAGAAGGGGCUCAUAAAGAUCUACAGACAUUUGCUUAAUUAUCGAAAAAAUGUAUUUAACCUUCACAGCUUUCCUAAUUUAGCCGGAAUGGACUACAGGCAGAUACGGCGUGGGUUUCAAGAGGCAGUUGUUUGUGGUCUUUAUCGGAGUGGGAAGAUAUACUUCCACCCGAAUGACGAUGACAUUCUGCAGCAAACUGACAAAAUUUUAUUCAUUUCACCAGUUCAUGGGAUGAGGAAAUCGCGGGUUGCUCUAAAUGUUAUAAAAGAAGGAAGCAGUUCAAGUAAAGAUCAAGAAGUUGUAGAAAACAAUGGCGACUAUUCAAAUUAUGUCACUGAAUUGAGUAAAAGAAGACUCGAAAAUAUUGUAAAACGUCCCAACAGAUCAGGUUCCAAGGCAUCAGACUGGAAUCUUGGACCAAAAGAAUGCAUACUUUUGCUGGGGUGGCGCCCAGAUGUUGUAGAGAUGAUAGAAGAAUACGAUAAUUAUCUUGGACCUGGCAGUGUAGUGGAGAUUUUAUCAGAUGUACCGGUAGAUGAUAGAAACAGGGCAAGAAAGAUUGCUGGGCGAGGCAAACUCAACAAUAUCCAAGUUUCUCACAAGAUAGGAAACCCCAUGAACUAUGAUAUCUUGAAGGAAACUAUAGUAAACAUUCAAAAGUCUUUCCACAAUCGUGAGGAUAUUCCUUUGUCGAUAGUUGUCAUUAAUGACAGAGAGUGGCUGCUUGGAGAUCCAUCCAGGGCGGACAAACAUUCUGCAUAUUCACUUUUCCUUGCCGAAAAUAUCUGCAACAACUUUGGAGUAAAGGUUCAAAAUCUUGUUGCAGAGAUUGUUGACACGAAAUUGGGCAAACAAAUUACAAGGAACAAGCCAUCCUUGACUUACAUAGCAGCAGAGGAAGUAAUGAGCCUUGUUACAGCUCAAGUCGCAGAGAAUAAUGAACUGAAUGAAGUGUGGAAAGACAUCCUGAAUGCAGAGGGCGAUGAAAUAUAUGUGAAGGACAUCAGCCUAUACAUGAAAGAAGGAGAGAACCCUUCAUUCUUUGAGCUCACCGAAAGAGCGUAUUUACGGCGAGAAGUUGCUAUAGGUUAUGUGAAAAACAACGAGAAGGUAGGAUAUCUUCAUUUGGUUUUGAACAAAAAUUGUCAUGGAACCUCACUCAACCUUAUACUGUUGCAGGUUAUUAACCCAAUUCCCAAGUCAGAACCUCUCUCCCUUGAACUGACGGAUUCUCUAAUAGUUAUAUCCGAGCUUGAGGGAGAACAACCCAUCAUUGUGUAAUGUACAGUUCAGUGCAUAUUACAUAUGUUUCCCGUUUCAUUUUCUAUCGUUGCCGGGGCAUUGUUGCGGCUAUCUUGAAGGAACUUGAGCCAAAAUGAUGCCAUGAAUUUUCUUCUUAGAAGAUCAAACACCAAAAGAUGUAAAAAAACAAGUGAAGUUUUGAUGGUGAACUAGCAUUCCUGUAAACUUUCCCGUUAUCAUCAUUUUUUAUAUGAACUGUGCCGGAACUACUCUGCCUCUCUGUAGUCUUCUAAAAGCUAACACUUUCGAGAUUAUUGUAAUUUGUAAGCCAAGUAUUCGGCCUUAGAGGUUUAUAUCAAUGUGAUAAAGAUUCUGAAGUAACCAA